AUGGAAGACAAAGCCAUCGACCAAAAAAUAACUUAUGUAAUGACUAUGAUAAACCGUACAAUCCCCCAAAAGCAUACCAUGUAUUUUGAUGAAACCACCAGCGCAUUGAAGAGCACAGCAAUAAUUUUGAACUAUAAACCCUAUUAUUGUGUUGGAGACACCUUGAUUGUUCAGGUUGAGAUGUUCAAUUAUUUGGGGAAAAAGAAGACUUAUGGAGGAGACUUCUUACUGGCCCGGAUCUUUUCAGCAAAGCUUGGAGCUGGAGCUUCUGGAAGAAUUGAGGACUUCAAUAAUGGAACUUACAAUAUUUAUUUUACAUUAUUUUGGGAAGGACAAGUCGAAGUCUCCAUUCUCCUAAUGCAUCCCAGUGAAGGGGUAGCUCUAUUGUGGAAAGGGAGGAAUAUGGGAUACAAAUAUAUUGGCUACACUGGAGUGUUCAUUAAUAAAAACCAGCCGGUACAUACAGAAUGUGGAUUUUACUUGAAUUCCCAACAAGAAGAAUGUGAGUAUACAGACAGGAAAUAUGGAGAAGUUUUCCACUGUAUCAAGUUACCAGCAGUACCUUGUGAGGCUUUGACUUCAUUAAAAAGUUGGCACAGAGAUUAUACGUACCUCUCCAACGCGAACAAGACCCUAUUAUCCCUGUCCAAUAUUGGCAUAGAAAUUCCCAGUCCAGCUGGAAGAAUUGAUGUUUUUAAAAUGCAAACUUUUAUGCCUGUGACUUCAAAAUGCAAAAUUGGGACCUCUAUUCCCUUUCCUAGUGGAUACUUCCUACAGAACCAAUGGUUUCCAUCACAUUGCAAUCUUUCUUCCUUUGCGCCUUUGUUAAACAUAAAUAAAUGUUUGGCUGACAAAAUGAUAUAUUUGAUGGGCGAUUCAACACUCCGCCAAUGGAUAGAAUUCCUCUCAAGAGUCCUAAAGCAUAUGGUAUUUUUUAACACCCACAGAACCGGUUGGCACGAGACUCAUAUGGCAUUUGACAUAAAAAACAAUAUCUACAUUCAGUGGAAGAAACAUGGACAUCCAUUUGUAGCUCCGACCUUCUACAACGUCAGAGAUCACGCCUACAUCGCCAAUGAACUCGAUCGGCUUGGUGGCGGCUCCAACACAAUAGUUGUGAUAGGUAUAGGACAGCACUUACGGCCCUUUCCUUGUUCCCUUUUCAUCAAAAGACUUUUCAACAUACGAAGGGCCAUAGAGAACUUGUUUUUACGAAGUCCGGAUACAAAUGUUAUCAUAAAGUCUGAGAACACCAGAGAGUUUAACCCUGACGUAGAGCGAUUCAGUAACUUUCAUGGUUAUAUUCAGUACCUCUUAUUAAAGAGAAUUUUUAGAGGACUUAAUAUCGGGAUGAUAGAUGCUUGGGACAUGACCACAGCAUUUGACUCUAGAAACGCCCAUCCACCGGAGCUUGUUGUUGAGAGUCAGAUCAACCUGUUUUUGUCAUAUAUCUGUUAA